AAAAAUUCUGUUUCACCCCAAGCUCAGGAUGGGUCCAAAUUGCCAUCGAAUUUCUUGUCCAACAGCCAGUCCAGACCCGUGAGAUCUUGCCAGCCAAAUGGGCAACAGCGACUGUUUAAAGUGGCAUACCCUGGUACAAACUGGUUGAGUGCCGAAUCAAAUGAUCGAAUUCUUUGCAGUACAACCGGUUUGCUGUGCAUUUCCGAUCCGGCACCCACCAGCUUGUGACUCCAACAAGACAAGAUUUAGUGGGUUGGAGCCUUGGCGGUCGUUCCUCGUGGCCAUUCUCUCCAUACAAUUUUGAUAAAUCUUAUAAAUAACUUUGAGCUUCACUCCAACUUCCAACCAAAGCGCGGCCUGAAGGGGAAGAGGGCCCCGCAUUCUUCUUUUCUUGCCCCUCCCCGCUAUCCUUAUUUUUUCCUCCUGCUUUCCCUUUCCCACGACAGCUCUGGCUUAAGGCAACACCGCUAUCGAACAGUCCAAAAUGCGGUCGACAUCAGAGAUCACCAACAUGGUGUCCUUGAACGGCGCCUUGCCCGAAUUGGCCGAGCAGCAGCCCGAGGAUACAAUCCCCGAGUCACGGGUCCUCAUUAUCAUGACCGGAGGUACCAUCUGUAUGCGACAAUCUCCCUCCGGCUUUGUACCUGCCAGAGGCUUUCAAGAGCAGUGUCUCGCUCGGGUUCCCACCUUCAACGAUGGGUCCCACACCAGCCUGAUGGACGUGGUGGUCAACGCCGACAAGGAGGUCAAGGGCCACCCCAGUCUGCGCACUCCGGUGACGGCAUACGGACGGCGAGUGAGGUACACUGUCUUCGAGUUCGAGGAACUGCUGGACAGUAGCUCCAUCGAUGCCAAGGGCUGGGCCGAAAUUGCCUGCACCAUCGAGCGGAAUUACACACGGUUCGACGGAUUCGUCGUUUUGCACGGCACAGACAGUCUCGCAUACACCUGUUCUGCGCUCUCCUUCAUGUUGCAGAAUCUGGGGAAGCCGGUUGUUCUGACGGGCGCCCAGGCGCCCAUGCUGGAGUUGCAGAAUGAUGCCACGGAUAAUCUUCUUGGAUCCCUUGUUGUGGCGGGCCACUUCAUGAUUCCGGAAGUUUGUCUGUAUUUCAACAACCGACUGUUCCGCGGUAACCGGUCCUGCAAGGUCGCUGCCAGUGAUUUCGCCGCCUUCAGCUCGCCGAACUGUCCGCCACUGGCCGUCACUACGUCCAUGCGCACAAAUAUUAACUGGGAGCUGGUCAAUCGGCCCAAGAGUCUGGACCAUUUCAGCAUCCAGACCAACCUGGACACCACUCACGUCGCCUGUCUGCGGAUCUUCCCUGGUAUCAAGCCUGAGAUGGUGGAUGCGGUCUUGAAACUAGAUGGAUUGCGUGGGUUGGUUCUGGAGACCUUUGGUGCCGGAAAUGCCCCUAGCGGGCAAGACAAUGCCAUGACUAACGUGCUGGCGGCUGCUAUCAAGAGAGGGAUUGUCAUUGUCAAUGUAACUCAAUGUCUUACGGGAAGUGUCAGUCCAGUGUAUGCUCCGGGUAUGAGCCUGUCGCGGGCAGGCGUGGUCGCAGGGCUCGACUUGACGACGGAAGCGGCGUUGACCAAGCUAGCUUAUCUACUGGCCUUGCCCGAAUCCACCCCCGAAUGGGUUGCGAAGAACAUGUCUGUCUCUCUCCGCGGAGAACUGACCGAGGUGUCGCAGCCGGUCUUCCGCCACCCCGACGGAGCACUCCCAGAGCGUGUUCAGUCCCUUACUGUGCUGGGUUACGCCAUCGCCCAAGGGGAUAUCGAACGGGUCAAAGAGAUUGUUGUGAGAGAGCACCACUGGCUGCUCAACGAUGCUGACUACUCCGGCAACACCCCCAUCCAUCUCGCCGCCACUAGUCCCUCUAUCGAUAUUCUUCGCUAUCUCCUCCUGCAAGGUGGAUCAGUACACAUCCGUAACCGCAACGGCCGUACACCUUUGUUCCUGGCGGCCAACGCUGGACUGUCCGAACACGUGCUGCUGCUCCGCAAGUCCGGAGGACACUUGCAUUCGGAUGAACGGACGGCGGCGCAGCUGCUCGCGCGCCGACGCCCGGCGGUCUGGGGCUUGGCCGGCAUUGGGCCUCGGGAGGUGAGUGAUCGGGAGCUGGAGGAGAUUGACGAUGAGGGCACCUCUCUCGGUCGCACAGCGGAAAUCCUGAUGGCUGGGUCGGCGCCGUGAGAAGAAGUUGGAAUACGAAGCCGAGGGGAAAUGAAUUAGAUAUCAGUCGGCACAUGUAGGGAUGGGAUUCAACACACGGCCUCGGUGGAAUCGCGAGCUGGAUUCCGAUUCAGUGUUGUGUCAGUUGCCGCUUGGUUUUUUAGAUUGUCCUAGAUCGUCUUAUACAUGGGGCUUGGAUGCAUACACCGCUCUCCCCUAAGGAGUGCAACAACAGCCCUACGAUACCAACAUAUCGUCGCUGCGAG